CACGAAAAGACCCCGGAGACUUGAGAGUCGAUGCCUGGUUGUUUAGCAGCGGGCAAGUCUACAGCGGAGGCCAGUGCCAGCAGAGAGGCAGCGACGGAUGUGGCGCUACCUGCUGAUCAGCGAACGGAUGUGGCGCAGCCUGCUGAUCAGCAGCAGAGUGCGAAUGUACCUUCUGCGACAGACGGAGGUGUGACUGCCGCCAUUCAACAUGGCGUGGAGGUGGAGGAUCUCGAUGCAGCGCGAAAGAGGCGCAAGCUGCCAGCGUCUCGGAGCGAGCGUGAGGAAGGCGAACUGUCUCAUCGGAGGGCAGUCACCAUCGGGACAGGCGAGGUCACUAGACUGUCUGCGGAUCCUCAGAGGGAGGAUCAGGCACAACGUCAGGAUUCCAGCAGAGCGAUCGACAACACUCGAGGUCGCAAACGAAAGCUCCAUGGAGAGGAGGUGGUUUCCUCCAAGGGCGACGUCGUGGUAGGUCUACGCAGUCGUGUACGUUGACCUGCCUAGGUGCAGGUCUGUGCACUCUUGCAAGGGCAUAUAUAGUUCUAUAACAGCUUUUCGUUAUAAG